CUCAGCCCCAGCCCCUCCCUCUGGAUCAGCCCCUGCCCCAGCCCCUCCCUCUGACUCAGCCCCAGCCCCUCCCUCUCACUCAGCCCCAGCUCCCACCUCUAACUCAGCCCCAGACCCAGGCACACCUUGCACCUUCUGUCCCAGUGGGAUCCUUGUCUCUGUCACCCGAGAUGGGGAGCUGUGAGGUUUCUUGCCCUGUAGCCGAGAAGACACCAUCUUACAUGCCAAAUGAUUUUCAAAAUCUGGAAUGUCACUUUCUGGAGAAGCAACUAGAAAGGGGCAAGGAACCCCCUGUGGCGAAAAGAUCUCAGCUAGUCUUUAGCCAAGGUCCUCCUGACCUUCUGCAGGGUGGCCAGGCCCCUGAGGGCCAUGGGUCAGUCUCUGUCCUUCCUGGAGAAUUGAUCCACUCUGAGCUCUGGGAACAACCGGAUUGCCACCUUUGGAAGAGGCUCAUGAAGCAAGGAAGGGGCCCGCCCUGCAGGAUCCAGCUAUCCCUGAAGACAGAGCCUCACCAAGAGUUCCAGAAGGUGCCCCAGGCACACAGCUGGCACAGUCCCAUGGCCGAGUCUGAGUCUACAGAUGGAAGCUGCCAUGCCACACAGAAGACUGGGUCCAGGUACCCAGGAAGGACAGUGCCAGGAAAAAGACUGGGCAAGGAUUCAAGGUCCAGUGCAGGGAGGAUCCGGAAAGAUCUACACAGGGGCUCAACGAGCUCUCCAGAGAAGGCUCCAGGAAGAAAUUGUGAGCAGUCACACACAGACUUGAAGCCCACCACGAGCAGCACAGUCGAGAAGCACCCAGAGAAGGACCUGAGAGACCAUUUCAGGAAGUUGGGGCAGUUCAGAGAGGGUCAGAUGCCUUUGGAUGUUCAUCCUUCCAGGCUUGCUGCCCACCACGCCUUGGACCAUCCCGGAAAGCCACGCCCUCAUGGGAAACCUGGAAAGCCAGCGCUUUCCAAGUGCUGGGAACCCUCCCACGACUUUUCCAUCCUCAGUCCAUAUGCUCAGCAGAUGCUGGAAGCACAUAUCAUGAGGCUCAGGGUGAAGCACCGGUGGGGCCUCCCCCUCAAGGUUCUCAAGACUAUAAACCUCUUCAAGUUGAAGGGCUUCAUCCUCUCCCAGUCCAUCCCUUCCCGCUCAGCCACCUGCGUAUCCAAGGCUGGCUUGGGCACCAAGUUCGGGGGAAAUCCUCCUCAGCCCUAUCAAGUACAGGUGAUGAAAGAGUCUUACCCCGCAUGGGGAGGUCCCCUCAGUGCUCCCCAGCCUACAUGUAAGGAAAUCCAGCAGGCUCUGGAAGGGACCUCACCUGGGGGUGGUCCUCUGGCUAGACAGGGGCCCAGGCCACCUUCUCGGACCUUCACAUACAGCUUUGUGGGCAGAAUCUGGCACAGUGAGACUGCCUCUAGGACUCUUAUGAACAGCAACUUGGAGUCAAGUCCAAGUCCAGGAUUGGCCACAAAGGAGCCAAGGAGGGUUAAUGGGGGUCGAGCCUCACGGGACGUGACCAUGCUAGAGCUCAACUUAGAGCCCCAGAAUUUGAGUGCCAAAGAGCCCGGGGAGGUGGGGGAGUUCAAGGAGGACCCUGCCUGGGGAGUCACCUUAGAACCCCGUGUGCUGGCCAACAACCAAGGCCUCCGUGGCAAGCUGAGAUCAGGGUCUGCAGGGAAAAGUGACAUCCCCCUGCAACAUACAAAGUUGGUCGUCCGAGACCCCAAAGAGCUACGCCUUGAGGCACAGUGCAGGGGAUCGGAGCCCCGGAAGUUGAUGGAGUCAGAGAACCGGCCUCGUGAUGCCACCCCCACCGUGCUCCUUCAAGACUGUGAAACUGGGGUCCUCCUUCAAGACUGUGCGACGGAGAGUCUUUUUCAAGACUGUCAGUCCAACAUGUUCCUCGCUGCCGACAUCUUGGCUUCUCAGGGAUCACUGUCUGGCUUCCAGAGCAGGUCCAGUGAAGACACAUCUACUUCUGAGGUGCUGCAUGGCCAAAGAUCCCGUGAGCAGAGCCCCCACAGGCAGCUAGGACCCCUGGGACUGCAGCACCAGUGUAAGAGCCUGAGCAGGUCAUGUGUCCCCCGUGAGGAGAGAGAGAGCUCCAGGAGGUCCCCCUUGAGAGAGCCUGCCAAAGGGUUGUCAGAAAUGAAGUUGCUCCAGAUCAGUGAAGUGAGACGUCCAGCCCAGAGCAAGGAGUCAGGAGAGGCCUCGGGAAGCAAGGCCUGUGAGAUCUUGCUGAAGAAGGAGGAGGCGCCUCCAGAAAACUACUUCAGGAGAAGGAUGAUGCACUUGCUCCAGUGGUUCUUUCUCAGUAGACAUAGAGGACUGGAAGAUUCCCUUCAAAAGGGCAAGGCUUCAUCAUCCCAGGGCCAGGGACAAGUCAUGGGCAGGUCAGCCAUGGACAGCGCUUCUGCGGAGGCUCAGGUGGUCGUGAGGGCUGUUAGGUGGAUCUUAGAGGAGAAAGUGUUGCCAUACCAGGGACUCAGGGUCCCAGAGGUCGGCUGGUGCAAAAAGGAUCUCCAGGCUUCAGCAGACCCCGAUGUCUGCUACCAAAGGGUUCUCUCCUACCAAGAACAGAGGAGAGUGAUGAGGGACACAGUGAGUCCACAGGGCACCCCCAGGGGCCAGAACUAUGCCAACAAGACCAAGUGGAUCGGGUGGCCCUUCCCCACCAGGGUGCCAGAGUGCCCAAGCAGACCCUGCCAGAAUGGGUCCCUGGUGCCGGGCCCUUCAGGCCGCACCCUGCAGGCCCACUACCCCAGGCACUGCCUCCUUAAAAAAGACAGUUCACCUGGCCAGCGACUGUGUGCUUCUAAUGCCUUUCCUGGCAGUACAACUUUCCUCCAAGAAAAAACACAAACGGUGCAGAGAAAAACUUUUUUUUUCUCACAUUAGUACAUCAUCUAUGGGCUAAUGGCGUCUUCAUGCCACAGUUACUUAGCUUCCCCAAAAUAAAUUUUUUUUCCCCUCAUGAGUGGUGAUGGCUUCUGUGUGUGCCCUGCUGUUGUGGGAGGGAAGGAUCAGGGUCUGCUCUCCCCGAGGACCUGCUUUGGCUUCCAGAAUGAAUGGGGCCUUGGAGGACCGUUUAUCUCGGGGUCCACACCCGCCCCCUUCCUCCCUCUCCUUCAGUUUCCUUGACAAGGUGAACAAGACCCAGACUGGGACCUCGCACUGCCCAUCCUCUCCUGCUUUCCCUCCACCUGGAGAUUGUGUGGCUUUAGGGAGGGUUUGCCGAGGCAGAAAUCCCUCACAGGCUUUAGGAAGGUGGAAUCCUAGGUUAGAGUGGGGCCCGCAGUUGGGAGACACAUGGCUGGCUUUGAGGGCAGAGG